AUGACGCAAGCUGAGGCAGACAGGGCCUUGAUGAAAUUCAUGACCAUAACCGAUAGAGUAGGUCAGUUCGAGGCCAGAGUCAACACCCCAGCAGUCACAAGUCCGUCAAUCCACACAAGUAGGGUGCGACUCGAGCAGAUCAGGGCCCUAUGGGACAAGGUGGAGAAGGAAUACGAGGCGUGCUCCGAAGCUCUGUCCGGUCUGGGAUCCACAGACACAAUAACAGUCAUGCAGUCCAAGUAUGACUACUGUUAUGCCGUUUACGAGCGGUGCGCAGCGAGCCUCAACGAGAUCAUUGAAGAAGGUUCACGCUCGCAACAGGCCGUUCAGGCCUCCAUUCCGGCGCCUCCUCAGGGAGGGUGUCGCUUACCCCCAGUCGAGUGCGACAGUUUCAGUGGGGACUAUGUGCACUGGCCCACGUUUCGGGAUCUUUUCUCAGCCAUCUACAUACACAACCCUCGGCUUUCAGAAGUUGAAAAGUUGUUCCAUCUCAAUGCUAAAACUAGUGGGCUCAACCUCACUGUUGCGGCUCAGCCCCGUAAGCGCUGUCAACUCAGCAUAGGUUCUCCGGUCAAGCCCCACAUCCAAAUUAAGACUUCUGCAUAUGUACUACCACAACUGGCCGGGAGUCUCCCAUCCUUUACUUUACCUGAGGACUCUUUAAAGCAUCUGCCGCCUUUGCAACUAGCAGACCCAAAUUUCUACCGGAGUUCGCAGAUCGACGUUCUGAUCGGUGCCGAUAUCCUGCCAUCGAUCAUUCUCAGCGGCUCCCAUCCCAAUAUCUGUGGCACGCUUCUUGGCCAGGAGACCAUAUUCGGAUGGAUUCUUUGCGUGAAGCGGGUUAGGGAAUCCACCUCGAUUUGCGAGGAAAACUUUGUCCAAUCUACCAAAAGGAACGAGGAUGGGAGGUCGGUCGCACUGGCUCAGUUCCUCCGAAACGAGAUUCGACUGAAUAAAGACGUUGUGUCAAAAAAGCAGUACGACUCAGUCAUUCAAGAGUAUUUAGAUUUAGGGCAUAUGCACCAAGUCUCUCCGGACGACUCUAAUAAUUUUUAUUUGCCCCAUCAUGCUGUCUUCAAACCAGACAGCACCACAACGAAGGUUCGCGUUGUGUUUAAUGCUUCCAAUCCUUCAUCAAACGGGAACAGCCUCAAUGAUAUCCUUCAUGCGGGGCCCGUACUGCAGUCCGAUCUUACUAUCCAGAUUCUAAAAUGGCGUUUCUUCAAAAUCCUCUUUCGCAAUAAGGAUGGAGAGCUCUGUGACUAUGAACUCGAUACAGUCACCUUCGGCGUAAACUGUGCGCCUUUCCUAGCCAUCCGCGUUCUACAACAGUUGGCUCAGGAUAUCCGAGGCCAAUAUCCUUUGGCAAGUGACAUCAUCUCGAACUUCAUGUACGUUGACGAUGUGCUCGCAGGCACUCACACUAAGCAGUCGGCAGUUUUAGCCAUCGAGGAGCUUCGGCUGGCUCUUGAGAGUGCUGGUUUUCCAUUACGGAAGUGGACCUCGAACGAAAGAAAACUCCUACAAGAGGUUCCAAAGGAGCACUUGAUUAGUGCAGACUUUCUGGAGCUUGAAGAGGCUAUCCGAGCCAAGAUUUUUAUGCAGAAAAUUUGGCUACGGGAGCUGGGCUGGGAUCAGCCACUCCCCCGGGAUCUCGCGACCCAGUGGCGGGAGUUCCUAGAAGGGUAUCCUGCCCUGAAGGAGAUUCGUAUUCCGAGAUGGGUACGUUUCCAUCCAGCUGCGAAACUUCAGUACCAUGCGUUUUGCGACGCGUCACAGGACGCCUAUGGGGCUGCUAUUUUCGUCCGAAUCGAAACGAAGGAAGGCUGUUGUACUCAUCUACUUACAUCCAAAACCCGAGUCGCUCCUGUCAGAUCCAUCUCGAUCGUUCUUGCAUGGCUGAGUAAGCCAGCGUGCACCUGGACAACAUUCGUUGCCAACAGGGUCGCAAAAAUCGAACAGUGUACCGGCGGAAGCAAGUGGGGACAUGUACGAUCCGAAGACAAUCCAGCUGAUCUGGCAAGCCGGGGCGUCUCACCCCAAGAGCUGAAGGACAGCGCACUGUGGUGGCGUGGGCCAGCUUGGUUGCACCUCAAACAGGAGCAGUGGCCGAGUGAGUUGUUGGUCCAUCCGGAGACUGAGCUUGAGCAGCGCCCCGUCAAAUGCCACACGGUCGCAGUGCCCUCAGCAGUUGAAAUCCUAGAGAGGUUCUCAGCCUUUGACCGAGCUCUGCGAGUUCUUGCUUAUGUGUUUCGUUUUGUGAAAAGUUGCCGGAGGGAAGGUGUAGCCUCAUCGGCAGAACUCACUGCGGCGGAGUUGUCGGAGGUGCAGGAGCGGCUAAUUGUGCUCACUCAGAAGAAUGAGUUUCCCGCCGAAUAUAAGGUUUUGAGCAACAAGCAACCAGUUCCACCCGCAAGCGCAAUUUCGAACCUAAACCCCUUUCUUGACGGGAAUGGGGUCUUGAGAGCAAGCGGCAGGUUACAAGCAUCUGAAAUGCUUAGUUAUGAUGAAAAACAUCCGAUCAUCCUUCCUGCACGGUGUAGGUUCGCCGAACUUCAAGUCUUGUUUAUCCAUCGCAUAUCCUUGCAUGGGGGGAAUCAAUUAAUGAUCCGACUGAUCCGUUCCAAAUUCUGGAUUCCCAAGCUUAAAAUGUUGGUGAAACGAACAAUACAUUCGUGCCGAGUGUGUGUUAUUCACAAGAAGAGACUGCAGACGCAGUUGAUGGGGAAUUUGCCCCGUGCGAGGUCCACGUUUUCCAGACCGUUCACCCAUACGGGAGUGGACUUCGCAGGACCAUUUGACGUCAAGAGUUAUGUCGGUCGAGCCUGCAAAAUCACAAAGGGGUACGUGUGCGUUUUUGUGUGUUUUACUACCCGGGCUAUCCACCUCGAAGCGACCUCGGACUUGACUACAGAGAAGUUCCUGGCCGCAUUCUCCCGUUUUUUCGCUCGGCGUGGGUGUCCACAACACGUCUACUCUGACAACGGGAAAACGUUUGUCGGAGCUUCCACGUCCUUAUCAAAGGAUUUCAUUGAAGCUACCAGAACAUCGGUUUUAUCGCAGCACAGUCUUCAGAAUGUGUCCUGGCAUUUCAACCCUCCUGGCGCACCUCAUAUGGGAGGGCUUUGGGAGGCAGGUGUGAAGAGCUUCAAGUCGCAUUUUUACAAGUACACAGCCGCUGGGAAAUACACGUUCGAGGAACUGACUACCCUCCUGGCGAAGAUUGAGGCCUGUUUGAACUCCAGGCCCAUCUCGCCAAUGUCCGAAGAUCCACGGACCUUAUCGCUCUGA